ACUUGUCUUUCGACUAAAUCUUGAACUGAAUAUAAAACGUGUAAAAAUUUAAUCCAAUGUGAAUUACGAUGACCGAGCGAGUGUGUUGUGUUCAUAAUUGUGACUUCAAUCCUGGAGAUAAAAAAAAUCGUAGAACAGUAUUCAAAUUUUGUGAGAAAUCUCCAUACUUUAAAACCUGGAUAAAUGCGAUUGGACCAAACUUGAAAGAUGGAAAGAAAACUCGCAAAAAUUAUUACAUUUGCGAACGACAUUUUGAUGACAGUAAUUUACAUCGAAGUCCUAUCAAUAUAUUAAAGGAUGGAAAGGAGUUGACCCUGUCACGUAGGCGUCCAACAUUAAAAUCGACAAGUGUCCCAUACAUUUUUCCAGUAAAUAUUAAAGAAUAUGCAAAUAGAGAAAGAAAUGUACAUCAAUCUUUAAGGCUUGUAGAUUCAAAUAAUCUUGAAAGCUCUUUGAUUUCCCGUUUCUCUGACAAAACAAAUCACAGCAUUAUUAACUAUCAGUUACCAUCUUUACUUUGCGAUGAAUCCUCACCGCUGCAGCAUACACCAAUGGAAUGCACUUCAGAAAAUGUUUUUAACACAACGGUUUUACUAAAGGAGUGGAAUGCGAUACCUUCUUAUCAAUCCAUGGAGUCAUGGAGUGUGACGAAAACAGCAUGUGGAUUACUUUUCAUGCUCUUUGAAAGCACUUCAGAACAUUGUAGCAGUACAGUACAGCGUUCUUUACUUGUAAAGAAUGACAUGACUAUUGAGUUACAUGCUCAUAAUCAUCCUGUCACUUAUCACCUUUUAGAAAAGGUGACGUGCCUACAAGAUAUUUGCUUUUUAUUGCAAAAAAUAAAUGCAUUGAAAAUGUGCCAAGAAGAGUCCUGCACCAUUGGGUACUUUGAGCACAAACUACAUUCACGAUCCAAUCUUUGUAGAGAUUGCCAAUCAAAGAACAAAAGAAAAAAAGAAAGAGAAAAAAAACGUGAAAGGAGAGCAGCCGCAAGAAAAGCGAAGGAGAUAAUUUUCAAGAAAAAUCUAAAACAAAAGUACGAACGGAUAUACAACCAGGUGGAGAGGUACAAAGUAGAAUUAGAGAAUUUAAAAGUACAAUGUGCCUUACAAAAAGAGGAUUCUCGACGAAGCAAUAACAAGCUUAUAGUCCAAUCCGUACCUGGCAGUUUAAUAUUGGAGUUUUUCUUUACACGCGAAAACUAGAGUUCUAGAUAUCAGAGAGGCGACAAGUGCGGUCGAUAAUCGAAAUUAUCGAUUAUCGCCGCCAUUUUCUUUCACCACGGAUAGGCGAACUGUCAAAAUGUGAAAGUAAUGACGAAUUCGAUUGGAUGCACUAGUGCGCACUAGUGUGGACUGAGUGCGCCUUCUCUC